UACCCGGUAAGCGCCGCGGCUGCAUGCCCGGAGGGGCGGAGGGUGGGCGGUACGCGAGGAGGGGGCGGCCGGACCCCGGGGCGCGCAGGCGCCUGCCUUGCUCCCUCGGCUCACCCGCCCCGUCCCCUCCCCGAGCUCGGGGGGGGGGGGGGGGGGUGUUAGGGGAGGGGGGAUGGCCAGCCCUGGAGCCGAGGGAGGGCCGGAGGCAGACACAAAGCCCUUCCCUCCCCUCCCCCUCCCCUCUCCCCUCCCCUCUCUCCUCCUCCUCCCUUCUCCCCUCCUCCUCCUGCCCUCCUCCUCCCUUCUCCCCUCCUCCUCCUCCCCUUCUCCUCCCCUCCUCCUUCUCCUCCUCCCCUCCCCUGCUCUUCCUCCUCCUCCUGCUCCUCCCGGGCUGGGAAACCCAGCCCCGCGCUAGUCUGCGGGGCCGCCGGUCGCCCCCGCCUCCACGACCUGCGGGGAGGGCCUGCGCGAGGAGUCCCAGGCGUGCAGUAGAGCCUUGCUGGGGGAGAUGUCAGCUUGGACCAUGGGUGCCCGCGGUCUGGACAAGCGAGGAAGUUUCUUUAAGGGUUUCUGCAGAACGUUGCUCCCUGGAACGGUCAUCAACGGAGAGUCCUGAGGGCAGAAGGUCUUCGGAAUCCUGCACACCCCAGUCUCUGCCUGGAGACCCACACGGCACGGCAGCAUCUUCAAAGCUCAUUGACACGAUAGCCUCGGAGAUCGGAGAACUGAAACAGGAGAUGGUGUGGACAGAUGUCAGCCUGGAAAAUGGCUUGGGACCCACCGAAGCCCACAGCAUGGUAAGACAGAAGGCUGAUGGCUAUUCCGAGGAAAAGGAUGUGAAGCCCUGUCCCCGGGACUCAGGCUAUGACAGCCUCUCCAACAGGCUCAGCAUUUUGGACCGCCUUCUCCACACCCACCCGAUAUGGCUGCAGCUGAGUCUGAGUGAGGAGGAGGCAGCACAAGUCCUACAGUCCCAGCCUCCAGGGAUUUUCCUGGUUCGUAAAUCCACCAAAAUGCAGAAGAAAGUCCUCUCCCUUCGCCUGCCCUGUGAAUUUGGAGCCCCCCUCAAGGAAUUUGCCAUAAAGGAAAGCACAUACACCUUUUCCCUGGAAGGCUCAGGAAUCAGUUUUGCGGAUUUAUUCCGGCUCAUUGCUUUCUACUGCAUCAGCAGGGACGUUCUGCCGUUUACUUUGAAGUUGCCUUAUGCCAUUUCAACAGCCAAGACUGAGGCUCAUCUUGAAGAACUAGCCCAGCUGGGAUUAAAUUUUUGGAGCUCUCCAGCUGACAACAAACCCCCAAACCCUCCACCUCCCCAUAGGCCUCUCUCCUCAGACGGUGUCUGCCCUGCCUCGCGUCAGCUCUGCCUUAUAAAUGGAGUGCAUUCUAUCAAAACCAGGACGCCUUCGGAGCUGGAGUGCAGCCAGACCAACGGAGCCCUGUGUUUCAUUAAUCCUCUCUUCUUGAAAGUGCACAGCCAGGACCUCAGUGGAGGCCUGAAACGGCCCUGCACAAGGACUCCCAACGCGAAUGGCACCGAGAGGCCUCGGUCCCCCCCGCCCAGGCCCCCGCCGCCCGCUAUUAAUAGUCUGCACACAAGCCCUCAGCUGUCCAGGCCCGAAGCCCCGGCGAGCAUGCCAGAAACAGUCAACCAUAACAAACAUGGGAACGUAGCGCCGCCUGGAACGAGACCAGCCCCCGUGCCUCCACCCCGGCUGAAGAAGCAGGCUUCUUUUCUCGAGGCGGACGGCGGCGCGCAGCCCGUGACCAGCGGCCGGCCGCGCGCGGGCCCGGAGCGGGAGCGGGAGCAGCGGGAGCGGGCGCGGGAGCCAGAGCCGGAGCGGGAGCGGGCGCGGGCCCCGCCGGAGGAGGCCCCGGGGCGUUGCACAAGCGCCCAGCCCGGCGCCUCUGAAUCACGGCCCCCGUGGCAUGGAGGCCGGCAGAGGCUGAGCGACAUGAGCAUUUCCACUUCCUCCUCCGACUCGCUGGACUUCGACCGCAGCAUGCCGCUCUUUGGCUACGAGGCGGACACCACCAGCAGCCUGGAGGACUACGAAGGGGAGAGCGACCAGGAGACCAUGGCCCCCCCCAUCAAGUCCAAAAAGAAGCGCAGCGGCUCCUUCGUGCUGCCCAAGCUUGUCAAGUCGCAGCUCCGCAAGAUGAGCGGGGUCUUCAGCUCCUUCAUGACCCCCGAGAAGCGCAUGGUCAGGAGGAUCGCUGAGCUGUCCCGGGACAAGUGCACCUACUUCGGGUGCCUGGUGCAGGACUACGUGAGCUUUCUGCAGGAGAACAAGGAGUGCCACGUGUCCAGCACGGACAUGCUGCAGACCAUCCGGCAGUUCAUGACCCAGGUGAAGAACUACUUGUCUCAGAGCUCGGAGCUGGACCCCCCCAUCGAGUCGCUGAUCCCUGAAGACCAAAUAGAUGUGGUGUUGGAGAAAGCCAUGCACAAGUGCAUCCUGAAGCCCCUGAAGGGGCACGUGGAGGCCAUGCUGAAGGACUUCCACAUGGCCGACGGCUCGUGGAAACAGCUCAAGGAGAACCUGCAGCUGGUCCGGCAGAGGAAUCCACAGGAGCUGGGGGUCUUCGCCCCGACCCCUGAUAUUGUGGAUGUGGAGAAAAUCAAAGUCAAAUUCAUGACAAUGCAGAAGAUGUAUUCCCCGGAAAAGAAAGUCAUGCUGCUGCUGAGGGUCUGCAAGCUUAUUUACACUGUCAUGGAGAACAACUCAGGGAGGAUGUACGGAGCGGACGACUUUUUACCGGUCCUGACCUAUGUCAUAGCCCAGUGUGACAUGCUGGAGCUGGACACGGAGAUCGAGUACAUGAUGGAGCUCUUAGACCCAUCGCUGUUACAUGGAGAAGGAGGGUAUUACUUGACAAGCGCCUACGGAGCACUUUCUCUGAUAAAGAAUUUCCAAGAAGAGCAAGCAGCGCGCCUGCUCAGCUCGGAGGCCAGAGACACCCUGAGGCAGUGGCACAAACGGAGGACCACCAACCGGAGCAUCCCCUCAGUGGACGACUUUCAGAAUUAUCUCCGAGUUGCAUUCCAGGAGGUCAACAGUGGCUGCACGGGCAAGACCCUCCUCGUGAGACCUUACGUCACCACCGAGGAUGUGUGUCAGCUCUGUGCCGAGAAGUUUAAAGUGGGGGACCCUGAGGAGUACAGCCUCUUCCUCUUUGUUGACGAAACGUGGCAACAGCUGGCAGAGGACACUUACCCUCAGAAAAUCAAAGCUGAGCUGCAUAGCCGGCCACAACCCCACAUCUUCCACUUUGUCUACAAGCGCAUCAAGAAUGAUCCCUACGGCGUCAUUUUCCAGAAUGGGGAAGAAGAUCUCACCACCUCAUAGUGGUGCACCCCAGUGGUGCGUCCAAAGCGGGGUCAGGAACCUUGCCUUUGGCUCCCACAUACUUGGGCUUGAAAAGCAGUCACCGCCUUGGGGACCUCCUGGUUCAGUGACUAAGCCAUCCACAGGCCAACUUGGCCAAGGACAUCUUUAGCCACAUUGCCCAAGCAAGGUCGCUGAGGUUCAUGAUGCAGUAGGAUUCUCUCUCAGAGAUGGAGAAUUGCAUUUGAUGGUUCAGGUGUCUUGAGAUCGUCUGCUACCUGCCCCCAACCGGAUUCUAGGUUGGCUCGCAUGUAUGUAUAUGUGCUGAACAAACACUUAAGGAACAAGCUCUUCUCUUGACUUCAGCAGCAGGUGUUCGACAAGACUGUCCGAUGCAGCCUGUCAGGUGCUUCUCAGUUCUGUGGAUGGUUCCAUCCUUUCCUUCCUGUUUUUUUCUUUUCUUCAUCUUCCUUUUUUUUUUACAAAGAGCCUUUGUGUUUUUAUAUAUUUCAUAGAAAUUUUUAUAGCAGUUGCAGGUAAACUGUCAGGAUUGGUUUUUAAAAUAUUUUUGUAACUUUAAGAUAUUCUAUAAUUAUGCAUGUGAUUUUAACAUUUAAUAUUCAAAAAAAAUCUCUUGCUGGAUUUGAGAGUAUUGCAUUUUAAAAGUCUCUCUUCUGUAACUGGAUGUUUUGGCAACUUUGUGGGGAGAGACUGCUGGAUUUCUUAAAGCGAUGUAUUACUGACACUGGCCACAGAAUGCCUUUGGAAAUCUGAUGUACUGUUCCCUUGUUCACCCUCAGUGGUAUUUUGUUGUUUUGUGUUGUAACCAAGUGAUGCUGAGGAUCAGGAGAGAAAUGAAUGUAGAGAGAGGUCGAGAGAGAAAUACAGACUCUAAGAAAGGACUAAGGAGUGUAGUCUGCUGGUUCGGGCUCCUUGCAGGAAGUGGGAAAAGGAGAUGGAAGGAACCACCUAUGCUGAAAAUACUGUAAACAUGCAGUGAGAUUUGGCAAAAAAUCUAUCACAUGUUAUUUGCUUUUGGAAGCAAUUUUGAAAACCCUAUGCAGAAAAAAAAAAAUAAGGAUAACACUGUUUUUCCUUUUCCACAUAAAUCAAAACUAACAGCAUCAAAUUAUUUUGGGCAGAAACCAAGUAAUGUGUAAUGUGACUUUCACUGAGUUAAUAAGAUGCUGUUUGGAAAAGAGUUUGCAAGUGCACCCAAAAGCCUGUGUGCAUUAUAAGAAUGUAUGGUGAAGUUAAAUUUAUGUUUUAUGAAACCUGUUUGGGGUUGCACAAAGUGUGAGGGUCUUGUAUCAACGUAACACAGGUAGUUAUAAAAACAUGUUAUUGUACUGUGUAAAGAUGCAUAGACAUCUAAUUUGGUUGGCUUUGUUCCUUGUACCUUUUUUAGCUUUUGCUGUACAUCUAGAACCCUCAGCACAUACUGUGUUGUACUUCCUUUUGUAAAUGAUUUUUUAAAUGGAAUUUUGCACAUAAUACAUUGUAAUACUGUACGAUAAUCAUGUGUGAAAAUAAUUUUUGAAAUAGUC